CCGGUCGCCAGGUCGAAACACGCUCACGGCGUCGCGAUUACUGGGUCUUGGAGAUGUGCGAUUGCCUCCGCGAAGUAUACCUGUGCCGACCGAUGCUUCAUCUGACUCUGAAUUGCCGCGAAGGCUGGACGGUUCAGGCGUCGUGCAAGAGCGAAGAGCUCCUGCGCCAACUACGAGAUCGCCGUUCAGACCGCGGCCAGCAGUGAAAAUCGACGUUUUCCACCAUGUAGUGAGCUUGAGAAGCAGGUCGAUUCUGCACAGCGAUCGGUUGCCAGGCGUUCUUUUAAACCACACAAGGACAAGUAGUACUACUCCCGAACAAGCAGCACAACUACUUUUAGAUGGAGGAGACGCACAACAGCGAGACACGGGUAAUAAACCAGAGGUGGAUCAUGAUGAUCAAAAAGCAAUCCGAAAAAGCGAUCAUGAUCAACAGAAAAUACAGGGUUCUCCUUCGCUCUUUUCCGCAGCCGCUGUACCCGCAAAAGCCGAAGCUGCCCUACUGUGUUAUUGCGUGGACGAGAGCGUGAGUCCCGAACGCUUUUUCCGGGAUCACCUCCAAAGAGACGGAAGCACAAGUGGCCAGUCCAGCAGUACUGUAUCACACGACAGGAAAUCCAAUUAAGGCCUCCCAAAAUCCCCUACCCUAACCUACGUACCUCCCAGAAUCCAUCUUUUAGCUGCCCAUCGGUGAGCUGUUUCCAAGAAGAAAAACGGAAGUAGAUGAGGGAAGGGAUGAAUUGUACAGGUCUAAUCCAUAGGGCCAGAAGCACAGGCGAUCCAAGAAGACGACGAGCAGAUUCCGCUAUUCCUCGUCACUGCUGUAGAUCUCGUGCGGGUCCACCGUCGCGACGUGCUAGAAGAUGCUCUGUUUUUGCUCGAAGAAGGUCGGUAUGAGGACGCUCUGGACCGCUUGCGAGACGAAGAGCAUCCAGCUUUGAGUCGAGUCCUGUGCGCAGCAGUUCGCCGGAUCUUCACGUCUGCGCGUGAACAAGAGGGUAACGGAAAUGUUGGACGAGAAGAGGGUAACGGAGAGAAUAAAUCUUUAUCUUCAGGACGCACAGGACCGCUAGAGGUAGAGCCUUCGACAAUAAGUGCUGGCGGGGACUACAUGGCUGACAAAGAGUACGACAAUACAAGUACUUCUAUCAUGCCAAGAAAAUCUACUGAAAAUAACUUUGGCAGAACUACAGACACAUCGCUUGCUAUGUGGAGCCCCCGGUCGCCCGACACACCUCGAGGAAGCAGCUUUGGGGCAAAAGCAGGAUGUUCCCCCCCGCGAGGAAUUUCAGCAGAUUUGGAUCCAGGCACACGGGCGCAUGCACUCGUGCAGCGAUGCAGUGCGAGUCUACUGGCCGAAAGCGUAGCAGCAGCCGAACUUCACGCGCAAGAAGUGUUACUAGCUUCGCGUGCUCAGAAAAAGGAGACAAAUCCUCUUCACAACUACAAGUCUUCUGCACAUCAAGUCUUCGCAGAAGAACUUUCCUCCUCCUCGAAUGAGUUAGAUCUUCUUGUGCCUUGCUAUGCGGUGUACCAAAAUCUGCUGGAAUUGUUCGACGAGUACCAGUGUCUCCACUACGUCGCGGCUGAGCUACCUCCAGAGCAACUAGACCGCGUCCAGAGGGAUCUGGUUCUCCAGCGCCUGAUCAAGUACCCUAAGAAACUGUUUGAAGUGCUCUCCAUCUGGCCCUCAGACGCGUACUCUGCCGAAAUUUUGUCCCUUUUGCUGCAGCAGGCGCUGAGCUCCAAGGAAACAGAACUUCUACGAGCCUCUGGAGCGUUGCUGCGGCUUUGUUCCGACACAGAAAAAGCCAUUAUCGAAAACAACUACACGACCAGCGCGCAGUGCCUUAUGGCAAGAAGAUAGAAAAAAUGCAACUGUAGUUGUAGAUGCUCCACAACAACUAGUAGACUCUGGGGAUGGGGUAUCCUUCAAAUUUGCUAUGUAUAAUAAUUCUGUGCUAGAAGAAGUUCUGCCAUAGAUGAUCUUGGACUGAUUUCCAUCAAAUUCUGAGUAAUCAGUUAGGUCCAACUACACUGAACAAAAUGUAGAUUUACAUUCUAUCUUCUAGGUGUUUUUAACUAGCCCAUUUGUUCAAGCACUGUUCUCUCCGCUUCAAAGCCGCGCAUUUACAUUUUAUCUCCAACGAGUACACUGAUAACAAAAUGUAUUUACCAAUCACCGUCUUGUCCAUCCUCCUCUUUACAAAUUCUCUAUCUUUUCCACUUCCUCUUCAUCCACUUCCUCUUCAUUUUUGUUGCCCUUCUUUACGAGAAACAGGGAGCGGUUUUGGAGGGCAUGCGGGUUCUGCUGGACUUCCAAUCCGUGGGAGUCUUUUCCUUGUUGCGGCGUUCCUUUUUAUAUAAUUCUAGCGCUCCUAGUUGUAUGAAGAGCUCUAGUAGUACAACUUCGCAGGAAGAGCUCAAGGAGAUGCUGCUAGAAGAAAUUAAGUGUUGCCAUAAAUUGCAUUCUUGAUGACAACUAUGUAUCAACGUGCUACUUGAGGACCUGUUUUCCAGUACUAGAGUGGAAAACAAAGGGGUCCGUCAGGUGGGAUGAUCUGAAGAAUGGAAUGCCAAGAAUGUCGCAACCUCUAAAGAAAAGUUUGAGCUUCUUAUGCGGAUCGAUUGCGAUCUCUACAUCGCCUUUCUAGUGGAUCGCUAUCUGGAAUUUCCUGUCAGGGAUGUGCUCGACCGUUUACGAAGAGCGAUCGCAGAUGAACUUGCGAAAGGAAGUCCCUCUACGCUAGGGACGAGAAACAACAACACUACCUCCAAUAUGGGUACGACGACCAUGAUGAGGACAUCACAAGAACCACCACCGACCUCAGCUGGCUAUUGGCGCCAUGUCUAUCUCAAAUUGAUGCUCAAGAAGGACUUUUCUUAUGAAAAAAAGCUAGAAAGCCCUGUUCUAGUACACACAUGAUAGCAUUUCCUAGGCCAUGUCUACUUUUUAUAGGACGUGUCUACUUCGAGUCUUGUCUUGUCUUGUCUUGUUAUGAUGUAGUAUCUAUCUAUCAUCUCGUAGCUAUCCUUAUCGAGUCGUUCAGUAUAUCUUGGCUACUACAAUUGCUAUCGCUAUGUCAAGGUCCUCUCCCUGUUUCCUUCAUAAGUUACAAGUUCGAGAGUUUGCGGACGAUAUGGUAGAGGCUUUCGCCCAGUACGAACCUGAGGAACUAUUAGAGUUUCUGAAGAUCUCAACGAACUACGACAUUGAGCGUGCUCUGGAGUUGUGCCGCCAAAGGGAGCUCUUCGAUGUGCAGGUGUACUUGUUGGGACGUGCUGGAUUGUCCCGAGAGGCUUUGGAGAUCCUCUGCUACAAAGUGGGUGACGUUCCCAAGGCGGUCAAGUAUGUUUCGCAGGAGAAUUCAGAGCAGCUGUGGGAGCAAUUGAUCGCCUUUGUUGCUGGGGACAACGGCAUCGAAAAGGAGAGAGAGAAGGAACGCCAGUUAAUACGGGAGCGAAGAAAAAGCGAAGGAAAAGCGGAGUACCAGCAGAGUACAACGAAGACAGCAAGUGGCGCUUCAACUUCAUUAUCGCCGAAGACCUCUGGGACGAUGACGACUUUUACUAGGUUGUGCGACUUUUUCAGUAGCAUCGACGCCUCGAUGUCCGUGAAGCCUUCGCAAGUUUUACGACGACUCGAAACGUCGUUAAAGGAGGAAGGAAGUAGUUUGUCUGACUCGGGACCACUAGAGCAGCUUGGAGCAUCAGGUGCAAAAAAUGCUGGUGCGAUGUCAACAUCGAGCAGAAGUGACGGGGAAUCAGGGACGCCAAGAAAAUCCUCUACCAGUAUUAAGAGACCUAGUACCAGUAAUUGUGACCAGAGUCCUGCUUCAACAACCGCAGAACAAUCCUCUAUGUCGUUUCGCUUAGUCCUGCGCGAGCUGUUGGGCGACUUUGAGGGAUACGCUCGGUUGCACGAAAGUUGUAACCGUUUAGCGGAAGUGGAGUGCCGCCGCUUGGGCUACGACCGGCAGUGGCGCAAAAGGACAGCACUUAUGGUGGACCCACGCCGCGAAUUAGUAUUAGACAAAGAUCAUGACCACGCGAGUACAGGAGACUCCGACUUAACGUCGCCUACUUCGGGUCCGACAUGGAGUGCAGUGUUGAACGGUUCGCUUCGUAUCUCUCGCGACCUAAAGGAGAGGACGCGGAUGCGGAUUGUUUGACACCUUGUUUCACAUAGUUGUACCAGCUCUACUAGCUACAAUUAUCUACGCAUACUUUCAUAAGAACUACGAUCAUCUUCAUCAUCUACUCUACUCUCAAAUAUUCAUCAUGUACUAAUCAAUACACUGACGCGAGAUCUCUCGUUAUUUUUCCUUGCGCGCUGAAAAUGUCAUGCUGGGUCCGUAUCUCUUCCAGUAUCAGCUUAGAAUAGACGCCCAAAGGUCUGCGCUCGUGCUGUAGGAGUGACGCUUCCCAAAGCACAAUUAAUUUCUGCUUGCAGCUAUGACGAGUGGACGCGUCUCUUCAAAUAGUUACAAAUCGGUCAUCGGAAAUUUCCCUUCAGAGAUUGAGCGUACGAGCGAGCAAUUGAGUGUUGGCACUCCUAUUGUUCCAU